AUUAGAAACUAAUCAUUAAUAAAAAAAAAAUAAAACAUUUAAACAAAUAAUUAAAUAAAAGUUAAGUGCAAAUAUGGUGGCCGGCAACCAAACUCUUCAAAAGUUAUUUCUACUAUUGCCACUUGCACUAAGCAGAGGUCCAGAUUGGUCUUAUGAAAAUCCCCAAAGCUGGGGUAUUGAGUCACCUCAGUGCAAUGGCAACAGACAGUCUCCCAUACAUAUUAGAAGUACAACGAGUUAUAUUCUACCCAUACCUCCAAUAAAAUUCGGCAAUUAUGACAUUGCGCUGGCUGGCAAUUUGAAUUUAACUAACAAUGGUCAUUCAGUUGAGUUUGCUGUGCCGUUAACAACUAAUGGCCAACGUCCCUUUAUUAGUGGUGGCCUUCUGAGAAAUAAAUAUGAAGCGGAAGCAGUUCAUUUUCAUUGGGGCUCGGCUGGCUCUAAAGGUUCGGAACAUGUUAUUGACAAUCGUCGUUUUGAUGUGGAAAUGCAUAUUGUACACCGAAAUGUAAGAUAUUCCACGGUAGAAGAAGCGGCCCGCAAUAGAGAUGGCUUGGCAGUUUUGGGCGUUAUGUUUAAAAUAGUCAAUGUACCUGAUCGUAUUUAUCCCGGCUUAUAUAGAAUCUUUAAUCAAUUGCCAGCCAUAGUGAAUUAUCAAUCAUUUACUAGUGUCGUUGGUCGUGUGUCUUUGGGUCAAAUGUUGGGUGAUUUGAAUACUAAACAAUUCUUUAGUUACAGCGGUUCUUUGACUACACCCAAUUGUGCUGAAGCUGUCACCUGGCAUGUUUUCCCCGGAGCAUUGCCUAUUGCCCAAGAACAGAUACGUAAAUUCUGGUCCCUUUUGGAUGUCAAUGGCAAUGUUGUGAUCAACAACUACAGACCACUACAAAAUCGUAACAGACGUCCAGUAUUUUAUCGUAUCGCUGGCAGAAGUGUUAUAGAUCAUUUUAACUAUGAUGAACCAACAGAAUGGUUUAAUGAAUUUCCACAGUGUGGAGGUCACAAGCAAUCACCAAUUGCUAUAACAACUCACAAGACUAUAGACGUUAUAGCGCCACCCAUAUUAUUUGGUUUAUAUGACGCCCCCAUGUCACAACCGCUAAAAAUGCGCAACAAUGGUCACACAGUUGAAUUUAAUGUACCACCGACGGUAUUGGGUGACAAGCCAUUCAUAACGGGCGGCAUAUUGGAUGACAUCUACGAAGUGGAACAGGUGCAUUUUCAUUGGGGCUCAACCCUGCGCAAGGGUUCCGAACAUGUGCUAAAUGGUCAUCAAUACGAUAUAGAAAUGCAUAUUGUGCAUAGAAAUAAAAAAUAUGACAACAUGAAGACGGCAAUACAUUUUGAGGAUGGUGUGACAGUGGUCGGGGUUUUAUUUAAGGUGGUAAAGACCGAUCAGGUGUAUUAUCCCGGCUUAAAUGUGGUCUAUAGUAAUUUACCAAAUGUGCAGCAAUUUAACUCUUCCUCUACGGCAGAAGAACUAAUAAGUUUGGGUUCAUUGUUGGGCAACAUAAAUCGUGAAGAUUUCUAUACCUACCAGGGCUCAUUGACAACGCCACCUUGUGCGGAAUCGGUAACCUGGGUAAUAUUUUCGGAUAUUUUGCCAAUUUCCUAUAGAGAAUUACCAAAAUUCUGGGAUGUUUUAGAUGAACAUGGCAAGAACUUUGUCAAUGUUAGACCCAUACAAAAUAAUGGUUUCCGCAAGAUCUAUCAUCGUAAACCUCUGUUUAGAUUUAAAUAUUUUGGCUGGCAAAAGUAA